GGAGGCGAGGCUCUGAUGAUGGAGAAUGGACAGAGCUCCGCCUCAAAGCUCGGCCUGCCGCCUCUCACCCCUGAGCAGCAGGAGGCACUGCAGAAGGUAAGGCCCCCUAGAACGGUGACAUUCCUCAGAUUUUCACAAAAGUGAUAGGCUAUCAGUGUAGAAAUGUGUAGUCACAGGCUUCAGUAUUCUUUUUAAUUGGAUUGGACAGAAAUGGAAAAGAAAGAUAGCGAGAGUGUGCUGAAAUGACAGUGUGCCCUAGAAAAAUGCAGGAAAUUAGCUUUAAAAUAGGUACAAGUCUGUAGUUUAACAUGACAACAUCUUUUGGAUGGUAGACUAUUUCAUGAUAACAAUUAUGGAAAAAUUAAGUCUAACCUUGACUUUACAUUAUUUCCCUUACAAAUAUGUUAAAUUACCCAUCAAUUAUACAUCUUAUUUAGGACACCUCGGGCUAUCACUACAAAAAGUCAUGCUUAAUGCAUUUGUGCAGUUUUCAAGUGAAUAGGUUAAGUGAAUAGUUCAAUUGAUGGCGAUCAGUGUCACACAUUGUAUGACAUUACUUAUCACUUCUGUUCAGAGCAAAGUAAAACAAAAAAAAUAUUUUACUCACUGACUUCUUAACGUCUUAGCCCAGCCUAUCAAUGUCAUAGAGACAAACCAAAGAUAUCCACAUCAGGGUUUCCGUUAGCAAAAUCUGGUGCCGGACAACGUGACCUGCAAUAUUUUAAUUUACCGGUCAUCCAAAUGCAUUAUGGCGUCCACCCACGAUGCUCAAAAUCACAUUUAGAUUAUUGUAAUUAAUCUUAUCAGAAUAGAAAUUAGCCUGUAAAGUUCUAAUAAAAUAUAGUAGAACGAUGUUCUUAUACCAACAUGACAGGUUUUAUUGAAAAGCAAAACAUUGCCCGUUACGUCUUCAUCCCUGCUAUGAAUCAUGAAUGAAUAUCAUCUAAAAAAAGAAAUCAACUUUUAGCCUAGAAGAGCAAGUCGCCUACACAGUAAUAAAACAACUUCAAAAUAUAAUAUUUGUAUAAUAUAAUUUGCGAACAACCUGUCCUAUAGACUAUUUGUAUGAAAUGUGUUAUUAAUAAAUAACAAAACACUGCUGGUUUUCAAAUACAACCUAGGCCCCUAUAAUGUAAUUUAGCCUAGGCAUGAACAUUUUAAUUAGGUCAAUAAACAACAAAACAUGGCUGUCUGAACACCAGCUUUUGUCAAAUUGGGCUUUUCAUAGUAGGUUAGGAGAAUUAGGUUAAGGUUAGGAAAAGAGUUAUGGUUAGCAAAAAUGCAAAAAAUGCAACUUUUGUUGUUAGUUUGACAAAAGCUGGAUCAAAGAUUAUGGACAUACUGACAAUAUACAUGUCUCUACGCCCUAACAAUGGGAGUCAUUGUCCACAAAGCGGCACAGCGGGCUGUCUAGCUCCCGCCUUUCCUUUCUUUGGAUUGGUGGAUACAUCUCAUUAUUGAAAUCCUUUUUUGAAUAUUCGGUGAGGGUUGUUGACUUCAACCGCCUUUAUUCAAUGGAGAGAGAGGCUAUGCUAUGCAAUGAAUAUGCAUAGCCAUCACGAGACAACUCCGAUAUGAAGUGUUUUUUCUCUAAGUUGCCGGGAUGUCAUGUGUCCUACUUAUAUCAGUACACUCAUAACAACUUAAGCAUUACGAAACUUAUAUUAGAUCAAAUAAACCUCACAUAGCAAAUAAGCCAUUCAUUUUUUGUUGUUGACCUCCAUGCAAAAACUCCAUGUUUGGUGGGCCUCUCGCUUCCUCUCUGGCUGGAUCCCUUCUAGCCAUGACCGGGCCAGCCGGCCCCACUCCCCAUUUCCGUUGUGAUUCAGCACCACAGUAGUGGAAAGAGGACACUCAAGGUGGCCACAAAAUGAAGAAAUUAUAGAACUGAUGUUGGACAAUCAAAUUCGAUAUGUAAAUAAACAAAAUUUGUUACGGCUGGUUCAUUGAGAGAAAGCUUAUUUUACAAUGCUCCUGUGAAAUGAGGCCCGCUUCAUUAAUUUAUGAAAGCACUUGUUUCCAAAGCUCAAGUGAUAUCUAACUCUUUUUACAGUUCUACUGAAUGAUGUUAAUAAAUGUUAUGUUUAUUGUAAUUUGAACUAUCGUUGGGUCGUGACUCGUGUCAUGUGUGAUAUAGGUGGCUUAUUGAGAACUGUUUCCUACUAUAGGCAGUUGGCUGCCUAGUGAUUGCAACAUUGUAACUCACCGAUGUGAAUAGUUGGCAACAAUGUUUUGUUUCUAAGUGCACCUGAAUAACAACUGAUAUGCACCAAUUGCUCAUGAUACACAUAAUUACUCUAGUCUAUCAAUCCAUUCCAAAUCUUUAUACUAUACACUACCGGUCAAAAGUUUUAGAACACCUACUCAUUCAAGGGUUUUUCUUUAUUAGUACUAUUUUGUACAUUGUAGAAUAAUAGUGAAGGCAUCAAAACUAUGAAAUAACACAUAUGGAAUCAUGUAGUAAACAAAAGUGUUAAACAAAUCAAAGUAUAUUUUAUAUUUGAGACUCUUGAAAUAGCCACUCUUUGCCUUGAUGACAGCUUUGCACACUCGUGGCAUUCUCUCAACCAGCUUCAUGAGGUAGUCACCUGGAAUGCAUUUCAAUUAACAGGUGUGCCUUCUUAAAAGUUAAUUUGUGGAAUUUCUUUCCUUAAUGUGUUUGAGCCAAUCAGUUGUGUUGUGACAAGGUGGGGGGGGUAUAGAGAAGAUGGCCCUAUUUGGUAAAAGACCAGUCCAUAUUAUGUUAAGAACAGCUCAAAUAAGCAAAGAGAAACGACAGUCCGUCAUUACUUUAAGACAUGAAGGUCAAUAUGGAAAAUAUCAAGAAGUUUGAACGUUUCUUCAAGUGCAGUCGCAAAAACCAUCAAGCGCUAUGAUGAAACUGGCUCUCAUGAGGACCACCACAGGAAUGGAAGACCCAGAGUUACCUCUGCUGCAGAGGAUAUGUUCAUUAGAGUUACCAGCCUCAGAAAUUGCUGCCCAAAUAAAUGCGUUACAGAGUUCAAGUGACAGACACAUCUCAACAUCAACUGUAAAGAGGAGACUGUGCGAAUCAGGCCUUCAUGGUCGAAUUGCUGCAAAGAAACCACUACUAAAGGACACCAAUAAGAAGAAGAGACUUGUUUGGGCCAAGAAACACGAGCAAUGGACAUUAGACCGGUGGAAAUUCGUCCUUUGGUCUGGAGUCCAAAUUUGAGAUUUUUGGUUCCAACCGCAGCGUCUUUCUGAGACGCGGUGUGGGUGAACGGAUGACAUCCACGUGUAUUUCCCACCCUAAAGCAUGGAGGAGGUGUUAUGGUGUGGGGGUGCUUUGCUGGUGACACUGUCUGUGAUUUAGUUAGAAUUCAAGGCACACUUAACCAGCAUGGCUACCACAGCAUUCUGCAGCGAUACGCCAUCCCAUCUGGUUUGGGCUUAGUGGGACUAUCAUUUCUUUUUAAACAGGACUAUGACCUAACAUACCUCCAGGCUGUGUAAGGGCUACUUUACCAAGAAGGAGAGUGAUGGAGUGCUGCAUCAGAUGACCUGGCCUCCACAAUCCCCUGACCUCAACCCAAUUGAGAUUGUUUGGGAUGAGUCGGACAGCAGAGUGAAGGAAAAGCAGCCAACAAGUGCUCAGCAUAUGUGGGAACUCCUUCAAGACUGUUGGAAAUGCAUUCCAGGUGACUACCUCAUGAAGCUGGUUGAGAGAAUGCCAAGAGUGUGCAAAGCUGUCAAGGCAAAGGGUGGCUAUUUGAAGAAUCUCAAAUAUAAAAUCUAUUUUGAUUUGUUAAAUACUUUUUUGGUUACUAAAUGAUUUCAUAUGUUAUUUCAUUAUUCUACAAUGUAGAAAAUAGUAAAAAUAAAGAAACCCUUGAAUGACUUUUGACAAGUAGUGUACAUGGCGCAUAUGUUGAUCUUGCCUGAGGCAGCAGCAGAACUUCUAGGACGGGGCCUCACAAACACAAUUUAUUUGCUUUAGUUUGUGGCAGACCUUGGCCUGCUCAAGGUGAGCCACUGCUGUUGGGAAGUCAAAACUGUCCAACUCCUUGGAGCAGCUUGCGAUGCGCAUCAGAGGAUUUUAUUAUAGAAACACACCCAACGCUAAUAUCCCAGCAGCUUGAGGAUUUAUUAUAGAAACACACUGACAAUAAUGUCCAAGCAGCUUGAGGAUUUAUAAGGCUAUGAAGUAUAUUUGCCUUUGAAGUCGGAGCCCAUCUACUGGUAUUUCCAUCAAUGAAUAAAAAGCAUUAUUUUGCAAUGGAUGAUUUUUUUCUCCCGGACGAUUUGACCGGCAACAAUUAUAUUUAUUGUGUUCAUUUUUUUUGAUUGGCCAAAAACCGGCAUUUACUGGGUAACAGAACCCCUUAUCCCCAUGUGCAUCAGAGUAGCGUCUUGUGUAUUUUACGGUUCAUUUUUAGCCUAAAGCGUCGCGGAGAUAUGCAUCGUUAUACAUCGGUUUAUAAUAGGAUUUGGUUACAAUUUAGCUGACCAAUGGCAACCUGUGGACCACCCUUGAGCCGGCCCUGCUUUGGUACCACAGGGAAUGAAGAGACUGUCAAGAAUUACAUCCCAAAUAGAAUGGUUCUGCUACUUACCUUACCCUUUACACUCGUGGGAAUUGGCCUGUAUGCAUAGGGCUAAAUUCAGCUGUUUCUUACAGAAUAAAUAUGAAAAGCUUAUGAAUAACCAUGGUAGCAAUUGAAUGGGAACAGUUUGGAGAUUAUGGGAAAAUUAUUAGACCAAGGACACAACAGUUCACCUGACACAAGACUGAAUCCAAACAUUACACUGUUGAUUUUAUGUGCAUUUUAAGUUUACUGUACUUUUUGCUGCAUUUGUUGAUAAUGAAAUCUGAAAAUACUCAGUAACAUGAUACGAAUAUUCCUGGAAAAUGUGGGGUCGGUGCAACAUAAGACAAGAAAAAUACAAGGGUUUGAGUGAGCGGACUGAUGUCUCCAAGUGGGCCACACAAGGGGUCUCCGACCUUUUCUAGCAUGAGAGCUACUUUUAAAACAUGUACCAUGUCACGAGUUAUUCAUUAUUUUCUAGCUUUCAAAUAGGCACAUUCUUCUCUUCUCCUCUCCCCUGCAAUUCUUCCCCGGGUCAUUAGUGUACAAGAGAAAUAAGUGUACUAUGUUUUCUGUCAAUAUACAGUAUCUUGCAAAAGUAUUCAGCCCCCUUGGCGUUUUUCCUAUUUUGUUGCAUUACAACCUGUAAUUUAAAUUGAUGUUUAUUUGGAUUUCAUCUAAUGGACAUACAAAAAAAAAUAGUCCAAAUUGGUGAAGUGAAAUAAAUAAAAUAACUUGUUUCAAAAAAUUCUAAAAAAUAAAUAACGGAGAAGUGGUGCGUGCAUAUGUAUUCACCCCCUUUGCUAUGAAGCCCCUAAAUAAGAUCUGGUGCAACCAAUUACCUUCAGAAAUAACAUAAUUAGUUAAAUAAAGUCCACCUGUGUGCAAUCUAAGUGUCACAUGAUCUGUCACAUGAUCUCAGUAUAUAUACACCUGUUCUGAAAGGCCCCAGAGUCUGCAACACCACUAAGCAAGGGACACAACCAAGCAAGCGGCACCAUGAAGACCAAGCAGCUCUCCAAACAGGUCAGGGACAAAGUGGUGGAGAAGUACAGAUCCGGGUUGGGUUAUAAGAAAAUAUCAGAAACUUUGAACAUCCCACAGAGCACCAUUAAAUCCAUUAUUUUAAAAAAUGGAAAGAAUAUUGCACCACAACAAACCUGCCAAGAGAGGUCCGCCCACCAAAACUUACGGACCAGGCAAGGAGGGCAUUAAUGAGAGAGGCACAAAGAGACAAAAGAUAACCCUGAAGGAGCUGCAAAGCUCCACAGCGGAGAUUGGAGUAUCUGUCCAUAGGACCACUUUAAGCCGUACACUCCACAGAGCUGGGCUUUACGGAAGAGUGGCCAGAAAAAAGCCAUUGCUUAAAGAAAAAAAUAAGCAAACACAUUUGGUGUUCGCCAAAAGGCAUGUGGGAGACUCCCCAAACAUAUGGAAGAAGGUACUCUGGUCAGAUGAGACUAAAAUUGAGCUUUUUGGCCAUCAAGGAAAACGCUAUGUCUGGCGUAAACCCAACACCUCUCAUCACACCGAGAACACCAUCCCCAUAGUGAAGCAUGGUGGUGGCAGCGUCAUGCUGUGGGGAUGUUUUUCAUCGGCAGGGACUGGGAAACUGGUCAGAAUUGAAGGAAUGAUGGAUGGCGUUAAAUACAGGGAAAUUCUUGAGGGAAACCUGUUUCAAUCUUCCAGAUAUUUGAGACUGGGACAGCGGUUCAUCUUCCAGCAGGACAAUGACCCUAAGUAUACUGCUAAAGCAACACUCGAGUGGUUUAAGGGGAAACAUUUAAAUGUCUUGGAAUGGCCUAGUCAAAGCCCAGACCUCAAUCCAAUUGAGAAUCUGUGGUAUGACUUAAAGAUUGUUGUACACCAGCGGAACCCAUACAAUUUGAAGGAGCUGGAGAAGUUUUGCCUUGAAGAAUGGGCAAAAAUCCCAGUGGCUAGAUGUGCCAAGCUUAUAGAGACAUACCCCAAGAGACUUGCAGCUGUAAUUGCUGCAGAAGGUGGCUCUACAAAGUAUUGACUUUGGGUGGGGUGAAUAGUAAUGCACGCUCAAGUUUUCUGUUUUUUUUGUCUUAUUUCUUGUUUGUUUCAAAGUAAAAAAAACAUUUUGCAUCUUCAAUCAAAUGGUACAACCCCCCCAAAAAUCAAUUUUAAUUCCAGGUUGUAAGGCAAUGAAAUAGGAAAACUGACAAGGGGGGUGAAUACUUUCGCAAGCCACUACACCUGUUAAAAUAAUGGUUAGUAAAAAACUAAGGGGCCCUAUAAAAUCUGUGAUUUCUUCCCCCAAAUUUUAUAUUUUCCAAAAUGUGUUUUCUCAGUUUUAUUUUUCCUUGUUUUAGAUGUAGUUUUGAGAGAGAUUAAAAAUAAAUACAAUUGUUCAUAGAGAAACAACGAAAUUGGAUGUUCUGAAUUAAUGCCAAUGGUUCAAUCACAUCAGAAGACAAUUUUUUGGGGGGGGUCUGAAAAAAAACUAACAAAUGAUUUUUGAGCCAGGUAAGCCUAUUUUGCAGUUAACAAUUAAUUGAGAAGGUUUUGUGGAAAGUAUUUCUGUCAAUCCACAAGACAGUUAUCACAUCAACUUGCUACACACAGAGUGAUAGACAAACGCGCUCACCACACAGACAGACAGAGCCAAUAUUGCUGGAAAUGAAUUGCCAGAUAUUGUGUUAGGAUUGGCUUUUUAAGCCAAUAGUAGCUUACAAGGGGUGGGAUAAUGUCAAUGUUGCGUUGAUUAGAUAGUAGCUGGGAGCUUGCAGUAUCUGAUAUUCAUGAGAUUUGUUUGACAGUUUAGGAUGUAACUCAUGGAAAAUUGUAUACUUUCAGAAUUGUUUGGCGAACUACUCAUAGGUGGGCUGCUUGCUACUGGUAGCUCGUGAUCGAGCUGUUGGAGAAACCCUGGGCCACACACUUCUCCAAAGUGUGGACAAUUCCUAAUCAAUUCCAGUGCACUUUUAUGACUCAAAGAAGAGUCUUCAACAAAAGGUGCUUUUUUGAGCUCUCCUAGCUGUGCUGUUGAGGAACUAGAGCAAGCACACUUGUAGUUGUUUGGUUUGGAACGCAACUCUGCUUGUCGCGCUGAUGUUCAGAACGGCUGCCAGUCAAAACCCAUACAGUGCUGUGAAGCGCAGAGCCAGAGCUCUGACAUCAUUUAUAGCAUGUUACUGUACAGCCACUACGUUCCUAUUUAGCCGUUUAUCAGUGCCUAAAUCUGCCAAUUUCGACCUGUAUACGGGUAUGAGUGUAAAGGGUUAACACAGGCACAAUAAUUAGUGUAGCCUAUUAUUAUAAGACUCUAAAGUUGGAUGUUUUGGUGCUGCUAGUGCAGUUCAGACUGCUGGUUGAGAAAUUAGGUGGUAUUUUUUGUCUUAAAGUAACAUUAUACUGUGCUAUUAUAUUUGGUUCUGUUAUGUAGAAUAGUAUCAUUAUGUGAUCUUGCAUACAUUGAUUCAGCUUUGAUAUAACUUGAUUAAACGAGUGCCAUUCUCUAUUCAUCACUGAAAUUCGCCAGAGUAGCCUGUUCUCUGGGAACAAGUAGAGCAGAGACUGCGUAGUAGAGAAUCCCGCACAUGCGCUAAGUUGAGGGUUUUUAGAUAUCGGGAAGAGUGUUCCGAAGCAGUUUCUCCAUAACACCCAAUGAGAGACAAACCUGGAGAGUUAUAUUUGUUACACCAAUGUGGCAAACAAAUUGAUAUUUGAAUGUGAUUCGAUUGCUAAAUGUAAUUUUGACAGUAUUUACCCUGCACUAACACCAUAUUCUACUGAUCAGAUUCUCAACAGGACCCUGAUAAGCUGAGUGUGUUGAGCAUGGCUGGGAAGAUAGUAUUGCACCCCAGCAGCUCUCCAGAUGGCGAGUUGGCUGCAUUUAAUGUAUACAGUAACAGUACAGUUUCUCUGAGGCAUUUUCUCGUUGCGGUAUAGACUAUAAAGUAUUCUGAAACUAAGUGUGCAGGCUUGUAUCGGAGGUAACCUCUUCUCUUUCCCUUCAUUUGCCUGUAGGCGAAGAAGUAUGCCAUGGAGCAGAGCAUUAAGAGUGUGCUGGUCAAACAGACCCUGGCCCAUCAACAACAGCAGCUCACCAACUUACAGGUAAGGAGAACCUCAUUUGUGAGGUGACAGCCCUGUCCACCAAGCCUCCUUCCUCAUACAGUGCUGAGAAAAGCACAGUCUGCAGACAAUUUGUUGACACAUUUCACAUAUUUAAAUGUUCUACACAACAUACUACACACAUCAUGGGAAAAAAUAUAUAGAUUUGAAAAAGAAAUACAGCCAUACAGAGUUCAUUUACUGUUUAAAAACCCCUAGAGUCGAUGUCCCCACCCCUGCGGAAAUCAAGUUAGCGUUACAAAAAAAGUCCCCAUCAAAAUCUGUCUGUUUAAGCUAGAGAUGACAUAUUUUUGCAUGGGCUGGGUUUCAAUCCACUGCAUCUGCCAAUGACGACCUUCUGCAUCUGCGCUGGAAGGUGGCCGAGCUACAGCGGUGUUUAUCAGACUUUAUUUAUGUAACCCUUAUUUUACCAGGUAAGUUGACUGAGAAAUUUUAGCCAGGACACCGAGGUAAACAGCCCUACGAUAAGUGCCAUGGGAUCUUUAGUUACAACAGAGUCAGGACACCCGUUUAACGUCCCAUCCAAAAGACGGCAAUGUCCCCAAUCACUGCCCUGGGGCAUUGGGAUAUAUUUUUUUAGACCAGAGGAAAGAGUGCCUCCUACUGGCCCUCCAACAUCACUUUCAGCAGCAUCUGGUCUCCCAUCCAGGGACCAACCCUGCUUAGCUUCAGAGGCAAUCCAGCAGUGUGAUGCAGGGUGGUAUGCUGCUGGACCAUGAGACGAAAACGUCUGUAGCGCCCGAACGGCUUGGCCUAAAAACUAAAUAUGACCAGUCUAUGGAAAGGUGAGACUCUCAAGAACACGUACAUGUUGGAAGCCCACAAGCCUCACAUGACUCGUCUGAAGGUAGCAUGGUACCAGUGUAAAAAAUGAAUGGACGUAGUUUAGUACCCCCAAACAUUUUUUAAAUAUGGGUAAACAUUUAAAAAAAUUAUUUCCUGAUCUUUCUUAGCUUGGCACACCUGUAUUUGGGGAGUUUCUCCCAUUCUUCUCUGCAGAUCCUCUCAAGCUCUUUCAGGUUGGAUGGGGAGCGUCGCUGCACAGCUAUUUUCAGGGUUCUCCAGAAAUGUUUGAUCGGGUUCAAGUCCGGGCUCUGGCUGGUCCACUCAAGCACAUUCAGAGACUUGUCCUGAAGCCACUCUACUCCUGUUUUGGCUGUGUGCUUAGGGUUGUUGUCCUGUUGGAAGCUGAACCUUUGCCCCCGUCUGAGGUCCUGAGAACUCUGGACCAGGUUUUCAUCAAGGAUCUCUCUGUACUUUGCUCCAUUCACCUUUCCCUUGAUCCUGAUUAGUCUCCCAGUCCCUGCCGCUGAAAAAUAUCCCCACAGCAUGCUUCUGCCACCACCAUGCUUCACCGUAGGGAUUGUGCCAGGUUUCCUCCAGACGUGACGCUUGGCAUUCAGGCCAAAGAGUUCAAUCUUUGUUUCAUCAGACCAGAGAUUCUUGUUUCUCAUGGUCAGAGUCCUUUAGGCAAACUCCAAGCGGGCUGUCAUGUGCCUUUUACUGAGGAUUGGCUUUCAUCUGGCCACUCUACCAUAAAGGCCUGGUUGGUGGUGCAGAGAUGGUUGUCCUUCUGGAAAGUUCUCCCAUCUCCACAGAAGAACUCUGGAGCUCUGUCAGGGUGACCAUCGGGUUCUUGGUCAUCUGCCUGACCAAGGCCCUUCUCCCCCGAUUGCUCAGUUUUUCGGGCGGCCAGCUCUAGGAAGAUUCUUGGUGGUUCCAAACUUCUUCCAUUUAAGAAUGAUGGAGGCCACUGUGUCCUUGGGGACCUUGAAUGCUGCAGACAUUUUUUGGUACCCUUCCCUCGACACAAUCCUGUCUCAGAGCUCUACGGACAAUUCCUUAGACCUCAUGGCUUGGUUUUUGCUCUGACAUGCACUGUCAACUGUGGGACCUGUAUAUAAACAGGUGUGUGCCAAUCAAUUGAAUUUACCACAGGUGGACUCCAAUCAAGUUGUAGAAACAUCUCAAGGAUGAUUAUUUUAAACAGGAUGUGUUCAAUUUCGAGUCUCAUAGCAAAGGGUCUGAAUCCUUUGUGUGUAAUAUUGUGUAAUGUAUUUUAUGUGAAGGAAAACUAGAGUUGCACAUCCCUGAUCACUCUAUUGAAGUAAAAGAACACUGUUGACUUUCAAUAUAAAACGCGACCCCUGUCAAUACACAGCUGGAUUCACCUGCUCCCACUUUCUCCAGUUGUGCUAUGUACAAACAAGCACUUGACUGGCUCAUAAUGUGACAGGUGAACUGAGGAACGCAAUCUGCUUUAUCUCCCAACACAUUGCACAAGUUGACUGCAGGUAUUUACUGAAAGAAUAGCUACAAAUUAUUAAAAUGUAUUGAACAACUUCAAAUAAAUAAUUUCAACGAUAUUGAAGGUAUUGAAAAACCAUCCCGUGGCUUUUUCCAAAUACCUCGGUAUACGGUAUAUACGGUAUACCGCCCCAAGCCUAUUAGAUACUGGGGGACUGUACCAUACACAAUUUUCUGGGCCAAUACCAGCUUCAGCUAAUUGACCUGUUUAUCAACUGAUAGCCACUGUAGUUGGCUGAGCUGAGAAGGGCCAACAUGAGCCUGAGGGCCUUGCCGUUUUAUUCCGAGCUGUCUGUAGCUUGUUCUUGAUACAUUUAGGGGAGCUACUGUACCAGGUAGUGCACACACAGUCAAACUGAGGCUGCACUGACUCUGCUGCAAGUGUUUUCAAGGUCCCUUUAUCUAGAAAUGUGGCUUUUUUGGCCAGAAAUGUCACUCUCUGGUUGACCCAUGCUGUCCCCUGUCAGGAACCUGUCUAGUUCACAGCCAAAGUAUUUAACACAGUUCUUGGCUGUAACUGCUGUGUCACCAACCGUGACUCUUAACGCCUGGUGUUCUACCUAGCCUAAGCAUAGAGCCAAAUAAUAUUGACUGUUUUCCCCAAAUGAAGAGACCGCUUGUUGUCUGACGGCCAGUUACUGACCCGUUAGUUCUGCACUAAGCUGGCUCUCAACCAUACUCUUGUCUUUCUGAGAGACCACUUUUGUGAUUUUUGACACCUUCUUUUCUCUGGCCUUGAUUUAGUCCGUCUAAUUUUGGACAUCCUACAAGGGUAAAAACUCAAAUAACGUUUGAAAGGAUUAUGAUAGAGACGUGAGGUUAAGACCAUUGGUUUUGCUAGAGUAUCUGCACAAUAAACAUAUUAUUUUUGAUUGGACACCCUACUGUAACAUUGAUUCAAUUACUUUUGGUAGUGGCAAUUCAGGUCGGAUUUUAGGAUAUUUUUACAUCUUUACCCAAACUCUCCACCAUGGCCAAGACCAAAGAGCUCUCCAAGGAUGUCAGGGACAAGAUUGUAGACCUACACAAGGCUGGAAUGGGCUACAAGACCAUCGCCAAGCAGCUUGGUGAGAAGGUGACAACAGUUGGUGCGAUUAUUCGCAAAUGGAAGAAACACAAAAUAACUGUCAAUCUCCCUCGGCCUGGGGCUCCAUGCAAGAUCUCACCUCGUGGAGUUGCAAUGAUCAUGAGAACGGUGAGGAAUCAGCCCAGAACUACACGGGAGGAUCUUGUCAAUGAUCUCAAGGCAGCUGGGACCAUAGUCACCAAGAAAACAAUUGGUAACACACUACGCCGUGAAGGACUGAAAUCCUGCAGCGCCCGCAAGGUCUCCCUGCUCAAGAAAGCACAUAUACAGGGCCAUCUGAAGUUUGCCAAUGAACAUCUGAAUGAUUCAGAGGAGAACUGGGUGAAAGUGUUGUGGUCAGAUGAGACCAAAAUGGAGCUCUUUGGCAUCAACUCAACUCGCCGUGUUUGGAGGAGGAGGAAUGCUGCCUAUGACCCCAAGAACACCAUCCCCACCGUCAAACAUGGAGGUGGAAACAUUAUGCUUUGGGGGUGUUUUUCUGCUAAGGGGACAGGACAACUUCACCGCAUCAAAGGGAGGAUGGACGGGGCCGAAGGUGAAGGUUUGAGUUGCCAAACGUCAGUCUCGAAACCUUAAUGACUUGGAGAAGAUCUGCAAAGAGGAGUGGGACAAAAUCCCUCCUGAGAUGUGUGCAAACCUGGUGGCCAACUACAAGAAACGUCUGACCUCUGUGAUUGCCAACAAGGGUUUUGCCACCAAGUACUAAGUCAUGUUUUGCAGAGGGGUCAAAUACUUAUUUCCCUCAUUGAAAUGUAAAUCAAUUCAUAACAUUUUUUACAUGCGUUUUUCUGGAUUUUUGUUGUUGUUAUUCUGUCUCUCACUGUUCAAAUAAACCUACCAUUAAAAUUAUAGACUGAUCAUGUCUUUGUCAGUGGGCAAACGUACAAAAUCAGCAGGCGAUCAAAUACUUUUUUCCUCACUGUAGCUACUUUCAAAGCCGCGCUGAUUGGUCAGAGUUCGGUUGUUCUCUGUAAGAAGUAAAGGCACGCAAGAGAAGGAAGAAAAAAACAUUGUCAUCCAUAACUUGCAUUUUCCCGAAUUUGCAUAUGAAGUUCUAUUAAAGUAUGUAGCUUUUUGUGAGUGAUUGCAGCCAGCCUGACUGACCAGAUGGUUAGCAUUGACAUCAUGGAUAGUUCCAUUGUUUUAGGAGGUAAGCAAGCUUACAAAAUAGAGAAAGGGUCAUUAGUUCUACUCCCUUAAAUUAUUAAAACAAACAAAAGCCGGUUCUAACUAGUUCUCAGCCUACAGUACCAGUCAAAAGUUUGGACACUCAUUCAAGUUUUUUUUUUUUUUUUUUUUACUAUUUUCUACAUUAAUUAAUAUAAUAAUAGUGAAGACAUCAAAGCUAUGAAAUAACACAUAUGGAAUCAUGUAGUAACCAAAAAAGUGUUAAAGAUUCUUCAAAGUAGCCACCCUUUGCCUUGAUGAUAGCUUUGCACACUCUUGGCAUAUAUUUUACGUGUGACAGAGGGCCAGAGAUAAUUGCAGAUCCCUGUGAUAAUCUGAAGUACCCAAAAGGCCACUAGAUAUAAUUUUAUAAAAUAAAAUAAGAACUUAAACGUUACCAAAAUUCUGGUAUUAAACUUAGAAAGUUUCCAGUAAUAUACCCUCCCCAUGCAACCCUAGGUACGACAGUUGAACUAAACUCAUGAGGCAUUUAUAAGUUAUACUCUUCUAGAAUCAAUAAAUUUAAAUCAGGGGUGUCAAACGUCCGGCCCGCAAACGGGUUUAAUCCGGCCCGCGAGAUGAUUUUUUUUAAUUUAUUUUUUUUAAGUAUAAAAAUGCGCUGCAAUUUUUCAAUAAAAUAAACUGCUGUUCCAAUUGCGUCCACUGGAUGGCGCAAUAGCAAUUGUGUUAAGCAAGCUAACUGUUUAUACCGGGGCAGAGCAAGUAGGUCAAGCACGUGCAGCCAAUGAGCUACUUUGUUUUGCCCGCGAUAUUUAUUACGGCUUCUACUUUUAACAUUAUGUGCUUUGGCACCCUCAUUGCCCCAAUAUGUCUCUGUCAAAAAAGAGAAAAGUGGACGCAGAGUGCAGUGUUCCAAGAAAAAUGGUCAUCCUAUUUAUUCACGGAAUUGAAUGGGAAAGCUGUAUGUUUGGUGUGUUCAUAGCAUGUUGCAGUGCUGAAAGAAUAUAACCUUUGUCGCCACUAUGUGAGUCUUCAUGCCGACAAAUAUGACAACUUUCAAGGACAGCGGAGAUGAGAGAAGGUGAAUGAACUGUUGGCGGGUCUGAAGAAACAGCAGUCUGUGUUUACUCACAGCCGAGACAUCAGUGACGCUGCAGUGAAAGCUAGCUACCUCAUUGUUAAUGAAAUCGCAGUGGCUUCAAAACCAUUUAGUGAGGGUGAAUUUGUAAAAACAUGCAUGAUGAAGGCAGCGGAGAUUGUGUGCCCUGAAAAGCGGCAGGCUUUUGCAAAUAUCAGCCUGACAAGAAACACAGUUGCAGACAGGAUUUCCGAUCUUUCAGUGGAUUUGGACAGCCAGUUGAAGCAAAAAGUAAAGUCAUUUAUUGCGUUUUUGGUUGCAUUUGAUGAAAGCACGGACAUUACAGAUGUUGCACAACUGGCCAUUUUCAUCCGCGGAGUUGAUGACACAUUGACCGUCACCGAGGAGUUCGUGGAGUUGGUGCCGAUGACAGAUACAACGACAGCAGCUGAUAUUUUUACCGCACUCGUCGGCGCGCUGGACAGGGUCGAAGUGGACUGGUCCCGCGCUGUCAGCCUGGCUACAGAUGGUGCGCCCUCAAUGAUCGGGGAAAAAAGCAGGCGUUGUGACAAAGUUUAGAGAGAAAGUGCAAUCUGCAAAUGGAGGAUGUGAUUUUUUGACUUUUCACUGUAUUUUGCACCAGGAGGCUUUGUGUUGCAAGUCAUUAAAGAUGGAUAACGUCAUGAAGGUGGUCAUCCAAACUGUUAAUUUCAUCCGAUCCAGAAGCCUGAAUCACCGUCAGUUUGACAGCCUUCUCAGAGAGAAAGACCACAUCUAUGGCCUGCCAUACCACACUGAGGUAAGAUGGUUAAGCCGAGGUGCUGUGCUGAGGCGUUUCUUUGAUUUACGAGAAGAAAUUGAACAGUUCAUGGAAGAAAAGGGCAAACCAGUGUUAGAAUUUCAUUCCGCAGAAUGGAUGCAGGACCUUGCAUUUAUGGUGGAUGUUACAGAGCACCUGAAUAACUUGAACAAACAGCUGCAAGGGCGCAACAAAGUUGUCACGCAGUAUUAUGACAGCAUACGUUCUUUCAAGUUGAAGCUGUCAUUGUGGGAGACGCAACUUGCCGGUGGUGAUGCAGCUCACUUCCCCUGUCUGAAAAAUGUGUGCGCGACCCAACAUGUGGCAGACAUGAAGCGGUUCAAAGAUAAAAUAACGGGACUGUUACGGGAGUUUGAGCAACGCUUUCAGAUUUAUGUUUAUAUGUUUUUAUGUUGAUGUGCUAUUGUUUUUAAUUGAUUUUAUUUGUAUAUUUAACCUAUUCUUGACUCUGUGUUUCUUGCACUUGUUUGGGGAACAGGAUUUCAUUAUUUGUAUCUACAUUUCUGCCUGAGAAAUGACACCCUGAUAUAGUUCUGUGAUCUGUGAUAUACUUCUGUGAAUCACUGAGGCAUUGUGUGUUUGUGUGUUCUUUGUCCUCAGAACUUUCAAAUAACUUGAGGUGUUUUAUGAUUAAUAGUGAUGUUGUGCUUUUGGACACUGUCCUCAGGCUCCAGCUUUAUGUUUAUAUGUUUUUAUGUUGAUGUGCUAUUGUUUUUAAUUUAUUUUAUUUUAUUUGUAUAUUUAACCUAUUCUUGACUCUGUCGUUCUUGCACUUGUUUGGGGAACAGGAUUUCAUUAUUUGUAUCUACAUUUCUGCCUGAGAAAUGACACCCUGAUAUAGUUCUGUGAUCUGUGAAACAGUUCUGUUAAUCACUGAGGCAUUGUGUGUUUGUGUGUUCUUUUUCUUUAGAAUUUUCAAAUAAACUUGACGUGUUUUAUGAUUAAUAGUGAUGUUGUGCUUGUACUAUUUUGGACACACUGUCCUCAGGCUCCAGCUUUAUGUUGUAUGUUGAUCGUAUUAAAACAAAGAAAACAAUCUGAAGUUGUUGUUUUUAAGUUAUAUAUACCAUGAUUUUUCCGGUCCGGCCCACUUGGGAAUACAUUUACAUUUUAGUCAUUUAGCAGACGCUCUUAGCCAGAGCGACUCACAAAUUGGUGCGUUCACCCUAUAGCCAGUGGGAUAACCACUUUACAAUUGGGGGGGGGUAGAAGGAUUCCUUUAUCCUAUCCCAGGUAUUCCUUAAAGAGGUGGGGUUUCAAAUGUCUCCGGAAGGUGGUGAGUGACUCCGCUGUCCUGGCGUCGUGAGGGAGCUUGUUCCACCAUUGGGGUGCCAGAGCAGCGAACAGUUUUGACUGGGCUGAGCGGGAACUAUGCUUCCGCAGAGGAAGGGGAGCCAGCAGGCCAGAGGUGGAUGAGCGCAAUGCCCUCGUUUGGGUGUAGGGACUGAUCAGAGCCUGAAGGUACAGAGGUGCCGUUCCCCUCACUGCUCCAUAGGCAAGCACCAUGGUCUUGUAGCGGAUGCGAGCUUCAACUGGAAGCCAGUGGAGUGUGCGGAGGAGGGGGGUGACGUGAGAGAACUUGGGAAGGUUGAACACCAGACGGGCUGCGGCAUUCUGGAUGAGUUGUAGGGGUUUAAUGGCACAGGCAGGGAGGCCAGCCAACAGCGAGUUGCAGUAGUCCAGACGGGAGAUGACAAGUGCCUGGAUUAGGACCUGUGCCGCUUCCUGUGUAAGGCAGGGUCGUACUCUCCGAAUGUUGUAGAGCAUGAACCUGCAGGAGCGGGUCACCGCCUUGAUGUUGGCGGAGAACGACAGGGUGUUGUCCAGGGUCACGCCUAGGCUCUUCGCACUCUGGGAGGAGGACACAGCGGAGUUGUCAACCGUGAUGGCGAGAUCAUGGAACGGGCAGUCCUUCCCCGGGAGGAAGAGCAGCUCCGUCUUGCCAGGGUUCAGCUUGAGGUGGUGAUCCGUCAUCCAUACUGAUAUGUCUGCCAGACAUGCAGAGAUGCGAUUCGCCACCUGGUUAUCAGAAGGGGGAAAGGAGAAGAUUAGUUGUGUAUCGUCAGCGUAGCAAUGAUAGGAGAGACCAUGUGAGGAUAUGACAGAGCCAAGUGACUUGGUGUAUAGGGAGAAAAGGAGAGGCCUAGAACUGAGCCUUGGGGGACACCAGUGGUGAGAGCACGUGGUGCGGAGACAGCUUCUCGCCACGCCACUUGGUAGGAGCGACCGGUCAGGUAGGACGCAAUCCAGGAGUGAGCCGCGCCGGAGAUGCCCAGCUCGGAGAGGGUGGAGAGGAGGAUCUGAUGGUUCACAGUAUCAAAGGCAGCAGACAGGUCUAGAAGGACAAGAGCAGAGGAGAGAGAGUUAGCUUUAGCAGUGCGGAGAGUCUCCGUGACACAGAGAAGAGCAGUCUCAGUUGAAUGACCAGUCCUGAAACCUGAUUGGUUUGGAUCAAGAAGGUCAUUCUGAGAGAGAUAGCAAGAGAGUUGGCUAAAGACGGCACGCUCAAUAGUUUUGGAAAGAAAAGAAAGAAGGGAUACUGGUCUGUAGUUGUUGACAUCAGUGGGGUCGAGUGUUGGUUUUUUGAGAAGGGGAGCAACUCUCGCUCUCUUGAAGACGGAAGGGACAUGGCCAGCGGUCAAGGAUGAGUUGAUCAGCGAGGUGAGGUAGGGGAGAAGGUCACCGGAGAUGGUCUGGAGAAGGGAGGAGGGGAUGGGGUCAAGCGGGCAGGUUGUUGGGCGGCCUGCAGUCACAAGUCGCAGGAUUUUAUCUGGAGAGAGAGGGGAGAAAGAAGUCAAAGCAUAGGGUAGGGCAGUGUGAGCAGGACCAGCAGUGUCAUUAGACUUAACAAACGAGGAUCGGAUGUCGUCAACCUUCUUUUCAAAGUGGUUGACGAAGUCAUCCACAGAGAGAGAGGAGGGGGGGGGGGGGGGGGGGAUUCAGGAGGGAGGAAAAUGUGGCAAAGAGCUUCCUAGGGUUAGAGGCAGAUGCUUGGAAUUUAGAGGGGUAGAAGGUGGCCUUAGCAGCAGAAACAGAUGAAGAAAAUGUAGAGAGGAGGGAGUGAAAAGAUGCCAGGUCGGCAGGGAGUUUAGUUUUCUUCCAUUUCCGCUCCGCUGCCCGGAGCUCUGUUCUGUGAGCUCGCAGUGAGUCAUCAAGCCACGGAGCUGGAGGGGAGGACCGAGCCGGCCGGGAGGAUAGGGGACACAGAGAGUCAAAGGAUGCAGAAAGGGAGGAGAGGAGGGUUGAGGAGGCAGAAUCAGGAGAUUGGAGGGAGAAGGAUUGAGCAGAGGGAAGAGAUGAUAGGAUGGAAGAGGAGAGAGUAGUGGGAGAGAGAGAGCGAAGGUUGCGGCGGCGCAUUACCAUCUGUGUAGGGGCAGAGUGAGUAGUGUGGGAGGAGAGCGAGAGAGAAAAGGAAACAAAGUAGUGGUCGGAGACAUGGAGGGGAGUUGCAGUGAGAUUAGUAGAGGAGCAGCAUCUAGUGAAGAUGAGGUCAAGCGUAUUGCCUGCCUUGUGAGUAGGGGGGGACGGUGAGAGGGUGAGGUCAAAAGAGGAGAGGAGUGGAAAGAAGGAGGCAGAGAGAAAUGAGUCAAAUGUGGACAUAGGGAGGUUGAAAUCCCCCAAAACUGUGAGGGGUGAGCCAUCCUCAGGAAAGGAACUUAUCAAGGCGUCAAGCUCAUUGAUGAACUCUCCAAGGGAACCUGGAGGGCGAUAGAUGACAAGGAUAUUAAGCUUAAAUGGGCUAGUGACUGUGACAGCAUGGAAUUCAAAUGAGGAGAUAGACAGAUGGGUUAGGGGAAAAAUUGAGAAUGUCCACUUGGGAGAGAUGAGGAUUCCUGUACCACCACCCCUCUGACCAGAUGCUCUCGGGGUAUGCGAGAACACAUGGUCAGACGAGGAGAGAGCAGUAGGAGUAGCAGUGUUUUCAGUGGUGAUCCAUGUUUCCGUCAGCGCCAGGAAGUCGAGGGACUGGAGGUUGGCAUAGGCUGGGAUGAAGUCAGCUUUGUUGGCAGCAGAACGGCAGUUCCAGAGGCUGCCUGCGACCUGGAACUCCAGGUGAGGGGUGCGUGCAGGGACCACCAGGUUAGAGAGGCAGCAGCCGCGCGGUGUGGUGCGUUUGUGUAGCCUGUGCAGAGAGGAGAGAACAGGGAUAGGCAGAGGCAUAGUUGACAGGCUGUAGCAAAUGGCUACAAAAAUGCAGAGGAGAUCGGAAUGAAAUGAGCUAAGCAUCUGGGAGAGGAGAGAGCAGGGCCUCCCUCACCAAAAACUUCUACCUCAGAAACUAAAAUUGUUUCACUGAACCACCCGAACAAAAACUCUCCCAACUUCCACCUUUAGAAAUCAGAAUUGUUGUGAACCACAGCGGUUCAAUGUUUAAAGGAAUAGACUCAACCCACUUUAUUCAGCUAGCUAACUAUGACACCAUAGCUAACUAGCAUGCUAGCAUCCAAUAACACACAGUUUAACACACAGUUUAGCACCAACACUUGGUCACAACAAACCACCAAUAGUGUGUUAACUAGCUAACUAGCAUGCUAGCAUCCAGUAACACACAGUUUAGCACAAACACUUGGUCACAACAAACCACCAAUAGUGUGAUAACACACUAAACAGAUCAUUCGUGUCUGUGUCAAGUUCCUUUCAUGACGCAGCAAUGAUUAAACGUUGGCUAGCUAGGACAAGUAUAUUGUAUUUAGCUACUACUUUACAGUUAGCUGGACGUGUUGGGUAGCUAGCAAUGGCCACUGUGUUGACUUUGUUUGAAGAACGGCUAGCUAGCUAGCUUCGUGCUACACCCGGCACACAAUGGCUACUGUGUUGACUCUGACUGUUCGAAAAAACGGCUAGUUAGCUCGCUUCGUGCUACAGCCGGCACGGCCGAAGACACUGCCAACCUGCAGUAACUACCCACAACAACCCACGAUACCUAGCUAUGACGCCGUAGCUAACUAGCAAGCUAGCAUCCAUUAACACACAAUUUAGCACCAAUACUUGGUUACAACAAACUGCCAAGAGUGUGUUAGCACACUAAACAGAUAAUUCAUGUCCGUGUCUAGUUCCUUUCAUAACGCAGCAAAAAUUAAACGUUGGGUAGCAGCACAUUAACAUUGGAAACAGCUCUCCACCGUUGCUAAUUGUUACCAGUAGCUACCCGCUAGCUAGCUCCAUGUGGCCCCUGAGCUAAAAUGAGUUUGACACCCCUGAUUUAAAUCAUUAAUUUGAAUGUCAAAAAAUGUAUGCAGCAAUCGCAGAUUGCCCCUUUAAAAAAAAAAGACACACAGUAUCUCCGCCAAUGAGGGGUGUGAACAGUUUCGGGUAGCGUGGUUUGCGAAUUGGGUGUUUGUUAAAGGGGCAGUGCAUUUAAAUCAAAUCAAAUCAAAUUUUAUUGGCCACAUGCGCCGAAUACAACAGGUGCAGACAUUACAGUGAAACGCUUACUUACAGCCCUUAACCAACAGUGCAUUUAUUUAAAAAAAAUAAAACGACAACAAAAAAAGUGUUGAGAAAAAAAAAAGAGCAAAAUAACAGUAGGGAGGCUAUAUAAACAGGGGGGUACCGGUGCAGAGUCAAUGUGCGGGGGCACCGGCUAGUUGAGGUAGUUUAAGUAAUAUGUACAUGUGCGUAGAGUUAAAGUGACUGCAUAAAUAAUUAACAGAGGAGCAGCAGCGUAAAAGGAUGGGGUGGUGGGGCAGUGCAAAUAGUCCGGGUAGCCAUGAUUAGCUGUUCAGGAGUCUUAUGGCUUGGGGGUAGAAGCUGUUGAGAAGUCUUUUGGACCUAGACUUGGCACUCCGGUACUGCUUGCCGUGCGGUAGCAGAGAGAACAGUCUAUGACUAGGGUGGCUGGAGUCUUUGACAAUUUUGAGGGCCUUCCUCUGACACCGCCUGGUAUAGAGGUCCUGGAUGGCAGGAAGCUUGGCCCCAGUGAUGUACUGGGCCGUACGCACUACCCUCUGUAGUGCUUUGCGGUCGGAGGCCAAGCAGUUGCCAUACCAGGCGGUGAUGCAACCAGUCAGGAUGCUCUCGAUGGUGCAGCUGUAGAAUUUUUUGAGGAUCUGAGGACCCAUGCCAAUUAUUUUCAGUCUCCUGAGGGGGAAUAGGCUUUGUCGUGCCCUCUUCACGACUGUCUUGGUGUGUUUGGACCAUGAUAGUUCGUUGGUGAUGUGGACACCAAGGAACUUGAAGCUCUCAACCUGUUCCACUACAGCCCCGUCGAUGAGAAUGGGGGCGUGCUCAGUCCUCUUUUUUUUCCUGUAGUCCACAAUCAUCUCCUUUGUCUUGGUCACAUUGAGGGAGAGGUUGUUAUCCUGGCACCACACUGCCAGGUCUCUGACCACCUCCCUAUAGGCUGUCUCAUCGUUGUCGGUGAUCAGGCCUACCACUGUUGUGUCGUCAGCAAACUUAAUGAUGGUGUUGGAGUCGUGCCUGGCCAUGCAGUCAUGGGUGAACAGGGAGUACAGGAGGGGACUGAGCACGCACCCCUGAGGGGCCCCCGUGUUGAGGAUCAGUGUGGCAGAUGUGUUGUUACCUACCCUUACCACCUGGUGGCGACCCGUCAGGAAGUCCAGGAUCCAGUUGCAGAGGGAGGUGUUUAGUCCCAGGAUCCUUAGCUUAGUGAUGAGCUUUGAGGGCACUAUGGUGUUGAAUGCUGAGCUGUAGUCGAUGAAUAGCAUUCUCACGUAGGUGUUCCUCUUGUCCAUUUGGGAAAGGGCAGUGUGGAGUGCAAUAGAGAUUGCAUCAUCUGUGGAUCUGUUGGGGCGGUAUGCAAAUUGGAGUGGGUCUAGGGUUUCUGGGAUAAUGCUGUUGUGAGCCAUGACCAGCCUUUCAAAGCACUUCAUGACUACAGACGUCAGUGCUACGGGUCGGUAGUCAUUUAGGCAGGUUAUCUUAGAGUCCUUGGGCACAGGGACUAUGGUGGUCUGCUUGAAACAUGUUGGUAUUACAGACUCAGUCAGGGACAUGUUGAAAAUGUCAGUGAAGACACUUGCCAGUUGGUCAGCACAUGCUCAGAGUACACGACCUGGUAAUCCGUCUGGCCCUGCGGCCUUGUGAAUGCUUAAAAGUCUUACUCACAUCGGCUACGGAGAGCGUGAUCACAUAGUAAUCCGGAACAGCUGGUGCUCUCAUGCAUGCUUCAGUGUUGCUUGCCUCGAAGCGAGCAUAGAAGUGGUUUAGCUCGUCUGGAAGUCUUGUGUCACUGGGCAGCUCGCGGCUGUGCUUCCCUUUGUAGUCUGUAAUAGUUUUCAAGCCCUGCCACAUUAUUGAUGAAGCCAGUGACUGAUGUGGUGUACUCCUCAAUGCUAUCUGAAGAAUCCUGGAACAUGUUCCAGUCUGUGCUAGCAAAACAGUCCUGUAGCUUAGCAUCUGCGUCAUCUGACCACUUUUUUAUUAACCGAGUCACUGGUGCUUCCUGCUUUAGUUUUUGCUUAUAAGCAGGAAUCAGGAGGAUAGAGUUAUGGUCAGAUUUGCCAAAUGGAGGGCGAGGGAGAGCUUUGUAUGCGUCUCUGUGUGUGGAGUAAAGGUGGUCUAGAGUUUUUUUUUCCUCUGGUUGCACAUUUAACAUGCUGGUAGAAAUUAGGUAGAACGGAUUUAAGUUUCCCUGCAUUAAAGUCCCUGGCCACUAGGAGCGCUGCAUCUGGAUGAGCGUUUUCCUGUUGAUUUAUGGCCUUAUACAGCUCAUUCAGUGCAAUCUUAAUGCCAGCAUUGGUUUGUGGUGGUAAAUAGACAGCUAUGAAAAAUAUAGAUGAAAACUCUCUUGGUAAAUAGUGUGGUCUACAGCUUAUCAUAAGAUACUCUACCUCAGGCGAGCAAAACCUAGAGACUUCCUUAGUAUUUGAUUUUGUGCACCAGCUGUUGUUUACAAAUAUACACAGACCGCCACCCCUUGUCUUACCAGAGUAAGACGUGAUUUCGUUGUUUUUUUUCAUGCUAUUUCCACACUGUGAGGUCGAAAUAACACUCUGAAAUUGUGAAAAUGAUGGUAAUGCCCUUUUUGAGUUGUUUGAAAAAAAUGCCUGGAAUUUCAGCAUCUUCAGGUGGGAUGGAACUUUUUGCCCACAUCAUGACGUCACAAUAUGAUCUGAUUAUAAUAGACCAAUGACUGUUCAUCUGGGUAAGAUGGUGGGCUAAAGGUGGCUCAGGAAAAAAAAUCAUUUGUAUUAUUCUUUUUGAGGUAUUUUCAUUAAAUAAGCACACACAGUGAUUUAUUAUACAUACAGUGAUGAUUUAAAAAUACAUUUACAAAGACUGCAUGGGGGGCUUUAAUACACCAAUAAUUUACUAUAUCCACCUGGACCUUUGCUACCCAGGAAAUUUGCGUGACCGGACCUUCUCAAAUAAUACUUAAGUGCCCAAGGCCUAUAUAGUGGAUUUUUUUGCUCUUGACUUGCGCAUAGACAACUCCAAAAUCCACGGAGGUUGUGAAAUAUAAACACAAGAUGAGAUGCACAUGCCAAUUGCACGCUCCCUCAAAACUUGACACAUCUGUGGUAUUGUGUUGUGUGACAAAACUGCACAUUUUAGGGUGGCCUUUUAUUGUCCCCACCACAAGGUAUACCUGUGUAAUGAUCAUGCUGUUUAAUCAGCUUGUUGAUAUGCCACACCUGUCAGGUGGAUGGAUUUUUUGGCAAAGGAGAAAUGCUCAAUAACAGGGAUGUAAACAAAUUUGUGCCAAAAAUUUGAGAGAAAUAAGCUUUUUGUGCGUAUUGAACGUUUCUGGGAUCUUUUAUUUCAGCUCAUGAUACAUUGGACCAACACUUUACAUGUUGCGUUUAUAUUUUUGUUCAGUAUAGUAUAAAACAUGAUUCAAUUACUUUAAAUGCUGCUUUUUGGAAUGCUGUUUGAUUGAUGGGCCUUUGUCCUAAGGAGCGUGGCCUUUUUUGACAAGCCUCUUUUCUGAGUUAAAUGUAUACUUUUUCUCUUAGAUGGCAUCGUUGACAAUGGGCUUUGGAGAUCCCCUCUCACCUUUACAAUCGGUAAGCUGUUAUAUUAGUAAUUAUUAUUCAAACCCAAUGUUAUUUUUAUCAUAACAUGUAUAUCUUUUUGUUAAACCCAAGUGUCAAAAUAGAAAAUCUUUGCAUGAUUGACAUAGUGAACCAUUUUCUCUCUGUAUUUUCUUAUUUUUGUAUUCAAUUACACAAUCAAUGGAAUGUCAAUAACUUAAGGAAGCAAUUCCACCCAUCUCCAUUUAUUGUGUGUGUUAAGUCAGUAUUUGUGUUUGUAAUGUACAGUGGAACAGCAAGUCAGUGCUAUGUUCAAGCACAGUUUCCUCCUAUUGUAGGUAGCGGCUCAGAGACAGCGAGCAUUAGCCAUCAUGUGCCGAGUGUACGUGGGCUCCAUUUACUACGAGCUGGGAGAGGACACUGUCCGGCAGGCCUUUGCCCCGUUCGGCCCCAUCAAGAGCAUCGACAUGUCCUGGGACUCUGUUACUAUGAAACACAAGGUGAGAUUUCACAACUGAACAUUAGAACAUCCCAGACUUGUUUUCCUCAGCUGAACUCAGCUGUUGAAUGAGUGAUUCCUUUACUGUAUGUUCUUUGUAUCUACCCACAAUGUUGUAAGGAUUUUUAUUAUUAUUGCAUUUGUGUAUCAUUUCAACUAUAGCCCGACCAAUAUCAUUGUCUUCCGUCAGGUGGCGCCACUCCUGUGCAACGCUCGUCCCUCAACCGACCUGUCUUGUAGGUUGUGGAAUAAUAAAUGUUAUAUUUUAAGCAUCCGCCACAGAAAAUAAAAACAUAGUUCCUAAUUUCUGGAAUUACUGUGCUCUCGCUUGGAUCUCUGACACAGGCAGAAUUAGCUUAAUUAUUAUACACACAUUUUGACAGUGAUUUAAAGAUGUGCAAUUGUGAGAAAACGUAAACAAAGCGGCUCUACCUCCUGCAGAAAUGAUCUGAAAGCAUAUCGUUCGCCACUGACUUGAUCAGCAGAUUGAACUUGUUGCUAGCUAGCUUACUGAAGUACUAGCUAAGCAAGCUUGUCUCUAAAUGUACAGUGCUGUGAAAAAGUAUUUGCCCCUUUCAAAUUUUCUCUACUUUUACAUAUUUUUUAAAAACUGAAUUAUCAGAACUUCAACCAAAACUUAAUAUUAGAUAAAGGGAACCUGUGUGAACAAAUAAAACAACAAUUACAUACUUAUUUAAUUUAUUUCAUAAACAAAGGUAUGCAACACCCAAUGCCCCUGUGUGAAAAAGUAAUUGCUCCAUUACACUUAAUAACUGGUUGUGCCAUCUUUAGCUGCAAUGACUCCAACCAAACGCUUCAUGUAGUUGUUGAUCAGUCUGUUAUGUCUCUGUGGAGGAAUUUUGUCCCAUUCUUCCAUGCUGAACUGCUUCAACUCAGCGACAUUUGUGGGUUUUCAAGCAUAAACUGCUCGUUUCAAGUCCUACCACAACAUCUUAAUUGGGAUUAGGUCUGGACUUUGACUAGGUCAUUCCAAAACUUCAAAUGUGUUGCUUUUUAGCCAUUUUCAUGUAGACUUGAUUGUGUGUUUUGGAUCAUUGUCUUGCUGCAUGACCCAGCUGCGCUUCAGCUUCAACUCACAGACGGAUGGCCUGACAUUCGCCUGUAGAAUUCUCUGAUACAGGGCAGAAAUCAUGGUUCCUUCUAUUAAGGCAAGUCAUCCAGGUCCUGAGGCAGCAAAGCAUCCCCAAACCAUCACACUACCACCACCAUGCUUGACCUUUGGUAUAAGGUACUUACUGUGGAAUGCAGUGUUUGGUUUUCGCCAGGCAUAAUGGGACCCGUGGGGGGUUGAGACCUCUCACUGUUUUGAUUAGAAAAUCCAAUCGUUGUAAUUGAAGGGGGCACCGCUCGGGGGCUGUGCAUGUGUAGGGCCCUAUAAAAUCUUUAUAUUUUUCUCAAAUUCUGUUUUGUGUUUUCCCAAAUUCCGUUUUCUCUGGUUUUAGUUUUCCUGGUUUGGGAUUCCUUAAAUUUUUUCAAUUUUCUGACUCAAAAUUACAAUUGGAUGAGUCCAUGACAAUGCAUAAAUCACAUCAGAAGACCAUAAAAUAAUAAAAAUAAUUUGUAAUUGCCCUUUAAUUGUGGAUUUAGCGAGAGGAAUGUUUGGCUAACGAUGUUUCUGUACUGCACAUGUGAUGGCAUAGUUUGCAAAACAAAUGCCCACCCGAUUGAUACAAAUAAUCAUGAAAUCAUUCUGCCCGGUAGGCCUACUUUGCAGUUAACAUUUAAUUGACAUCUGGAUUCCGUGAUUCUGUCCGCGUUCUCCGCAUGGCAGAUUUAAUAGGGCCCUACAUGUGGGUUUUUGAGUGAUAAAGACACAGAGGGGAACUAACCAGUAAAAGCACUUCAUUAUCUACGCAUCGUGCUGACUACUGACAACAACAAAACAGCCUCCCAGACUCUGAAGCCAGGAGGACCAGGCUACCAAACGGAUUGUUUUCAGAAAUUCGCUCGUAACGUUGGAUCAGACUGAUCGCUGUAGCCAAUCGCUACUUUGUAAUGUUGGGUUGAAUGCAAGAGCAGCAGCAGCUGUGUCACGUUCGUUGAAGGACGGGUCAGACCAAGGCGCAGCGUGAAAUGCAUACAUGUUUAUUAAAAAGAUAAACACACGAACAACAACAACGUAACGUGAAGUCCUCAGGCUAAACACAAAUACAAGCCUCUACACGGAACACAAACAAGAUCCCACAACACAGGCAGGAAAACAGGCUGCCUAAGUAGGAUCCCCAAUCAGAGACAACGAGCGACAGCUGCCUCUGAUUGGGAACCACACCCGGCCAAACAUAGAAAUACAAAACAUAGAUAAUAAUAAUAAUAAUAAAUUGGUCAUUUAGCAGACGCUCUUAUCCAGAGCGACUUACAGGAGCAAUUUAGGGUUAAGUGCCUUGCUCAAGGGCACAUCGACAGAUUUUUCACCUAGUCGGCUCGGGGAUUAGAACCAGCGACCUUUCGGUUACUGGCACAACGCUCUUACCCACUAAGCUACCUGCCUAUCUACACAUAGAAAUACCACAACAUAGAACUCAACAUGCACACCCUGACCAAACUAACUAGAGUUCUGUAGGUCAGGGCUUGACAAGCUGAUGACACUUGUGGCAGAACAGCAACUUCUUCAUGCAAAUGAUUUAUAUUGGAAGUACAACAGUAGUGCUAUGUAUAUUAUUUAAAAUUACUAAACGACAUUCUAUUUUUUUACAUAAUGUAUACCCACAAAUCUACACCUCAUGCUACAACUACACUGUUUUUGUAUUGUUGUAAAACGGAUUCAACAGAAGCUCAGAUUAGAAAAUACAAUAUAAUAAGGGAGUGGAUGUUUCAUUUCGAUGUUUCAUUUCCAAGUACUACCGAAUAACCUCAACUGAUAUGCAUCAAUUGUGCAUGAUACACAUCAUUACUCUAGUCUAUCAAUCCAUUCCAAAUCUUUAUACUAUACAUGACAAAUGGGCAGCAUAUGUUGAUCUUGCCUAGGGCGGCAGCAAAACUGCUAGGACCGGGCCUGACGAACACAAUCAUUUGCCUCUAAUUUACUUGCGUUUGUGGCCACCUUGGCCUGCUCAAAGUGAGCCGCUGUUGUUGGGAAGUCAAAACUGUCCAACUCCUUGGACCAGCUUGAUGCACAUCAGCCUCGUUACUUUGUCCUCAAGAAGGAUGUGAUCUUGAGGCUGUAUUUACUGUUUUGGAGAAAGAAUUUCGCCGAUUUUGCCCAGUCAGGGUACACUUAGCUGAAGUCGCUUAUGUGAGGGCCUUGCGUCUUUUGCGUGAGAAACGCACACAUCUGACACUAAUGUCCAAGCAGCUUGAGGAUUUAUUAGGCUAUGAAGUAUAUUUGCCUUUGAAGUCGGAGCACAUCGACUGGUAUUUCCAUCAAUGAAUAAAAAGCAUUAUUGUGGGCAACACUUUACUUGACACCCAGUGUCAUAACACGUUAUGACACGGUCAUAACAUGUCGUAAUAUGUCAUAACAGCUGACAUAACUUGUCAUAACCUGACAUAAUAUUGUCCUAACACUGUCAUGACCCAUAUAUGUACACUUGUUGUGAUAUAUAUUGCGUUAUUUUAUGGCUGGUAAUGACACAUACAUAAGUGUCAAAACCAAUUACAAUGAUAAUUUAACAUUGUCAUUAAAAAAUAUAUUUAACUAAAACAUACAGUUGACACGUAGGCUAUGUUGUAAUGGAAUGUUUUGCCUUGUGUGGUAGGUUUUGUGGGUUUUGACACUCUUAUGUAAGUGUCAUAACAGCCAUAAAAUAAUGCAAUAUAUGUCACAACAGGUCUAAAUAUGUCAUGACAGUGUUAUGAUCAAAUAACAGGUUAUGACAAGUUAUGCCAGCUGUUAUCACAUUUUGACAGUUAUGACCGUGUCGUAACGUGUUAUGACGCUGGGUGUCAAGUGUUACUAUUGUUUUUUUGCAAUGGAUUAUUAUAAUUUUUUUCGGACAAUUUGGCUGGCAAAAUUUUUAUUUAUCUGCUUUUCAUUUUUUUUAUUGGCCAAAAGCUGGCAUUUACCAUCUAACGGAAAACCUUGAGGGUCGGUAUUUUCUUGCUCCCCACGUCACCGCGAAUGUCAGUGUUUGAAAAUCACUGUUUUUAAAAUGUUUUAACUUUUGAUGAUGUCAUUGGGUAGAACUUUUAAACUUUUUUUUUUUAGACAAAACUUGAAAUGCGCUGUUUUCACAUACAGAGUGUACAAAACAUUAGGAACAUCUUCCAAAUUUUGAGAUACACCCCCUUUUGCCCUCAGCAGAGCCUCAAUUUGUCGGGGUACUGCUUCCCACAGUUGUGUCAAGUUGGCUGGAUGUCCUUUGAGUGAUGAUACACAAAGGAAACUGUUGAGCAUGAAAAACCCAGCAGCGCCUGGCACCUACUACCAUACCCCGUUCAAAGGCACUUAAAAAUGGUGUCUUUCCCAUUCACCCUCUGAGUGGCACACAUACACAAUCCAUGUCUCAAGGCUUAAAAAUCCUUCUUUAACCUCUCUUCAACUACACUGAUUGAAGUGGAUUAAAACAAGUGACGUCAAUAAGGGAUCAUAGCUUUCACCUGGAUUCACCUGGUCAGUCUCUCAAUAGCAGGUGUUCAUAAUGUUUUGUACACUCGGUGUACGUAGACACUGGUAUUGUGCUGGAGAUAAUGAAAAAUAGGUUGAAAAGCGGUGGAAUUGCCCUUCAAGUUGUUGGUGCAAUAUGUUAUAGUCAUCAAUAUUUGUGCAACUAUCCUGCCCUGCAAUAUAAUGGUAAGCAAUCUCUAGUAAUUACGAAUAAGCUAUUAACCAUGAGUAUUGAUGGUAAUUGCAGGUACCAUACCAUCUUAAAAUAAAGGAAUAAAAAAAAAAAAACAGUCAACCCUAACAAAUGUAAUGUAAUCCCCUUUGCAAAGCCUGACUUUUUUGUUGUUCCCCUGUCCCUCAGGGUUUUGCGUUUGUGGAGUAUGAGGUGCCUGAGGCAGCCCAGCUAUCCCUUGAGCAGAUGAACUCUGUUAUGCUGGGAGGGAGAAACAUUAAGGUGAGCUCUGCUGUCCAUUUUUAAAGAGUAACUGAGUUUUUUGCUCAAUGCCAUGAUGACACUAUUUUAACACAAAUCACGCUUUAAGGUGGGACGACCGAGCAACAUCGGACAGGCCCAGCCGAUCAUUGACCAGCUGGCAGAAGAGGCGCGUGCCUUCAAUCGAAUCUACGUGGCAUCUGUGCACCCCGACCUCUCGGACGAGGACAUCAAGAGUGUGUUUGAGGCGUUCGGCCGGAUCAAGUCAUGCACUCUGGCGAGAGACCCCACCACGGGGAAACACAAGAGCUACGGCUUUAUUGGUGAGGAAGACUGCGACUUUAAAUUGGUUGCAAACUAACCCCCUUGAAAGAAAUAAAAUAAUGCAGUUAAAUCAACCAAGAUGUUUUAUUUUUUAUUUUAGUAUUGUUUCAGUGCAUUUGGAAAGUAUUCAGACCCCUUCACUUGUUCCACAGUUUGUUACGUUACAGCCAUGUUCCUCAUCAAUCUACACACAAUACCCCAUAAUUACUAAGCAAAAAUAGAUUUUUAGAAAUAUUUGUAAAUGUAUAAAAAAACAAAAACGGAAAUAUCACAUUUACAUAAGUAUUCAGACCCUUUACUCAGUACUUUGUUGAAGCACCUUUGGCAGCGAUUACAGCCUUGAGUCUUCUUGGGUAUGAUGCUACAAGCUUGGCACACCUGUAUUUGGGGAGUUUCUCCCAUUAUUCUCUGUAGAUCCUCUCAAGUUCUGUCAGGUUGGAUGGGGAGCGUUUCUGCACAACUAUUUUCAGGUUGCUCCAGAGAUGUUCGAUCGGGUUCUUGUCCGGGCUCUAACUGGGCCACUCGAGGACAUUCAGAGACUUGUCCCGAAGCCACUCCUGCAUUGUCUUGGCUGUGUGCUUAGGGUCGUUGUCCUGUUUCGUCCCAGUCUGAGAUCCUGAGCACUCUGGAGCAGGUUUUCAUCAAGGAUCUCUCUGCACUUUGCUCAGUUCAUCUUUCCCUCGGUCCUGACUAGUCUCCCAGUCCUUGCCGCUGAAAAACAUCCCCACAGCAUGAUGCUGCCACCACCAUGCUUCACCGUAGGGAUGGUGCCAGGUUUCCUGCAGAUGUGAAGCUUUGCAUUCAGGUCAAAGAGUUGAAUCUUGUUUCUCAUGGUCGGAGAGUCCUUUAGGUGCCUUUUGGCAAACUGAUUUGACCUGAUUGAUGGAGUGCUGCAGAGAUGGUUGUCCUUCUGGAAGUUUCUCCCAUCUCCACAGAGGAACUCUGGAGCUCUGUCAGAGUGACCAUCGGGUUCUUCGUCACCUCCCUGACCAAGGCCUUUCUCCCCCGAUUGCUCAGUUUGUCCGGCGGCCAGCUCUAGGAAGAGUCUUGGUUGUUCCUAACUUCUACCAUUUACGAAUGAUGGAGGUUACUGUGUUUUUGGGGACCUUAAAUGCUGCAGACAAUUUUUGGUACCCUUCCCCAGAUCUGUGCCUCGACACAAUCCUGUCUUGGAGCUCUACGGACAAUUCCUUCGACCUCAUGGCUUGGUUUCUGCUCUGGCAUGCACUGUCAACUGUGGGACCUUAUAUAGACAGGUGUGUGCCUUUCCAAAUCAUGUCCAAUCAAUUGACUAUACCACAGGUGGACUCCAAUGAAGUUGUAGAAACAUCUCAAGGAUGAUCAAUGGAAACAGAAUGCACCUGAGCUCAAUUUCGAGUCUCAUAACAAAGGGUCUGAAUACUUAUGUAAAUAAGGUAUUUCUGUUUUUUAUUUGUAAUAUUGUAACAUUAUGGGGUAUUGUGCGUAGAUUGAGGAUUUUUAUUUAUUUAAUCCAUUUUAGAAUAAGGCAGUAAUGUAACAAUGUGGAAAAAGUCAAGGGGUCUAAAUACUUUCCGAAUGCACUGUAAAUGGCAGCUAAAAGCUGAAUUGCGUAUACAACAUUCUAGAAAACAAAUAUAAAUCAAUAAAUGUGAUACUGCUUUAUUAAGACAUUUAAGCUAUGAAGGGAUCAGGAAGUUGUUGAAAUCUUUUGGAUGGUUUUAGUGGAGGAUGUAUUGAUGGUCUGGAGGAGGGAGCAUCUCGAUCACAGCCAAGGGGAAUAGCUGGUCAGAGACGGGCAGGUCAGCAGUACACAUAGCUGUCCCCAACAUUCUCAGCUUCUCCGUGCAUUGGGCUUUGUAGAUAGGUAGCUACUCCUCCACUAAUAUUUGUGUAGCACCCACUUGAGUGAUGCCACCAAUGGCGCAUAGGCCCACCACUUAUUUGAUAAGUGAAAGUAGAAAAUCUUCACAAUUUCAAGUAAUCUCCAUUUAGGCAGUCCUCUCACUUCUGGCUUCUUCAGUGUUGUGGCAUUCAAAUCAAAACAGUCCCAUUCAGCUAGCUAGAUAAGCUACACCAACUGCCAACAGUUAGCAUUAGCGCUGUAUUCUACACAAUAUUAAUAGAUGUGGUAGUGUGAAAUGGUAAAAUGUGGGUUUUGGAAGUAUUUUGACUUUGAACAGGUGCAAGACCUACAGUAGUGGAUUCAUUGACACAGUUAAUGUUCUGUCUGGGCUGGGAUGGCUAUGGUGCGACCGACAGUAAUACAAUGUGUUGUGCAUUUUGCAGAGUAGGCUACGGCACUCGUAUGCAUUACCACAUUUUUUACUACAAUUACGCCUUUGAAUCACCUUUUCUCCUAGUAUCCAGAUAUCCCUCCCUAAAUUUAGGUUUUGUCCCCAUGAGGGAUUUUAGGCUUUUUAUCUUUAAAGAACCCCCUAGUAGUGCAGGUGUCAUGACUUUGGGUGAUAAUCAGGUAAUAGCAAUUAUGUUAUAAUAAUGUUCAUGCCAAUACGAUAUUCUGCAUCUGUAAAACAUGCCUCCCACAUAAGGCAAUCAGGUAUUGAAUCUAGGGCUGUGACGGUCAUGGAAUUCGCCGCAUAUUUUCUCCUCUUUUCCACUCCUGACUGCAUGUGCUGCUGCUGCAGUAAGGGGGGCAUUGCCUAGGCAACCAAAGACUUGUUUGCUACAACACCUUGCUUGUUUCAGCAAGGCGCAACAAAGUUUCAUCACGGUGUAGAGUCCAUGUUACAGCAGAAACGGAGUCAACCGCACAAAUUCCCAGCCGUCCCGUCUUCAGUCAGCUGUUCGUUCCACCCCGCCAUUAUUUAUUUUUAAUGACGUUUCUUUUAUUUUCAUGAUGGUCUUCAUCCGUAACCGUCGGUUACACAGUUAUACGGUAAUUGUUCCACCCCUAAUUGAAUCUCUUUUGUUUCCCACCCGUUAGAGUAUGACAAGGCUCAGUCCUCCCAGGAUGCAGUUUCCUCCAUGAAUCUCUUUGACCUAGGGGGUCAAUACUUGCGUGUGGGCAAAGCGGUCACCCCCCCCAUGCCCCUGCUCACUCCGACCACACCUGGCGGACUCCCCCCUGCUGCAGCUGUGGCGGCUGCAGCUGCCACAGCCAAAAUCACUGCUCAGGUAAAUACUGUCUGUGCCCUCAUUUUAGUAUACACUAUUUUCCACUGUUGAGGUCAGUUGAAAAUUUAAUUUAAAUUAAAGCUCUUUGUGAUAUAUUCUUUGAAUGAUGUAUUGUUUCCUAAAGCCAGACUCAGUAAGUCCCAAAUAAUAUUAGCUAUGUCAUCUGUGUAUAGGAAAUAUAAAACUGACGGGGUGACAGUUUUACCUUUUUGGAAACAAACCCAGGCAAGACAUCAUAACUAGGGCCAUGCUUUUUAGGUACUUUUUGAGGCACUUUGCUUUUACUGGUAUAUUCAGCAUUAUCCACUAGUGUUGCUGCAGGUAGAAAAUCCUAGGAAAUGUUAUUUAAUUGACACAAGCAGUCUCCAAACAAUCAAUCAAUGUCUGGUUGUGCGUGUGAGUGUUCGGUGGGGGGGAUUGCCUAUAUCAGGGGAGGCGUAGCUCUGAAUCUUAAUUGCACAAAACCUAUUAUUUGGCAGGGAAUACUAUUUGUAGAUCAAUGACUCUGCUCCUCACUUAGCUCAAGCUGAUAAUCUCUAACGGAAUAGUGGAAUAUUGACAAAGCAAUGGACAGAAACGACAGUCUGUAUUUAUUGCUGUUGUAGGAAAGUGCCAUAGUAGUUCCAUCGUACGUUUCCAAAUGAUGAAUCCAUCCAUACUAUUUGACUUGGUUUGCUACAGCAUGAGGAGUUCGGCAGUGACUCUGGCCCCACGUUGGAGCUCAUUAGAAUAUCCAAGUGUAUGCACAUCUUAUUGGCUGAGCUGGCAAAUCAGCGUAUAAUAAUAUUAUUAUUAUUAUUAUUAUUAUUUAUUUAUUUUUAAAAUUUACCGGUAUGCGCCCAAACCAGGGGCACAGAGAAAAGCUGCUUUUUAAUAUCCUUAAUUAUAAUUUUUUGGAAGGACAUCAAUUUCAUAUUGUAAUUAAUUUGAGGUCACAUUUCAUCUAAAUCUGAAACACUGGACAGAUACUUUAAGGUCGCUUCAUUACCCCCUUCCUUUGGGAGAGGGUGUCCCCACGCUUCUUUAUACCAAGUCCCUCACCUGUACACCCGUGUCCAGCAACUGUCAAGCCAACGUCUCUUGGCCUAACAGUUAAGGCGUUGGUUUGACAGUCACUGGACCAGGGUUCGUAGCCUAAUGUAAAUACAACCAAGUCUGGCAGUGAGCCCAGAUCCCGACACCUCACUUUUUUUAUGUGCGUCACUCUCAUCCACUUCAAUAUAUUAUAUUUCAAAUGUAAGUACACACAUGAAUGCGUGCGUGACUGACGUGCUCCAUAUAAAAUGCACUAUUGUGCUGGAAGAAAACAAAAAGCAAUGCACUCUUCGGUCUUCCAGGACAGAAUGUCCAGAGUCAAAAAAAAAUGUGUUUCUCGUUUUCUGUCCUUGUAGUCACUGGCACAGUCCAGGUGGUGUUCCCUCAUGUCUGGCUUUGUUCUUCCAGGAGACGGUCGGGUCAUCGGUGCUGGGAGCACUGGCUGGGCCCGCCCUCCUCUCUCAACAGUUGGGUGGCCUGCCCCAAGCCGUCAUGGCAGCUCAGGCCCCGGGGAUCAUCACAGGUAAGCCAAGCACCCCCCCCCCCUCCAACACACACACACACACACACACAUGUCUGUAUAAAGAAAAGUGUACGCACAUCCAACAAGCCUCCAUGGUUGCAGGCUACCAACAAUUACAAUUGGAAAAAUAUGUAUACUGUUUAAAAGCUCCUAAAAGUUUAAUGGCAAUGUUUCUACUACUAAGGACCUUGGCCAUGCCUGCGCAGUUGGGAGGGGUUUGGAGUAGAGUCGUUAAUAAAGUAUAUACAGUCAACACCAUAUGUAUUUGGACAGUGAAGCAAAAAACAUUUUUGUCUCUAUACUCCAGCAUUUUGGAUUUGAGAUCAAAUGUUUGAGGCAACAGUACAGAAUGUAUUAUUUAUUUGUGGGUAUUUCCAUACUGUAUCUGUUUUACCGUUUAGAAAUGAAAGCACUUUAUGUAUCUACUAAUGCUGAGUGAUUAGCCGAAAUGUCAGUUUAUUUAUGUUUUUGAAAUAACUUAUUGACCGACAUCAGUUCAAUUAUUUGAAUUCCUUUUAGUUCUUUUUUUUCUUUCUGUGAGCUCAACACACCGUUUCUCUAGAGAGAACUAUAAUCACAGAGUUUCUAAACCCAGAGGACCAACAUCGCGAUACUUCUGGGAACGCUUUGCGAAGCAGACACGACAGACAGGGUCAAAAAUUCUUCCCUGGUUGUUAAUUUUCUCGAAAUCUAUGUCUUAAGUAGUUGAACAUGUUAUUACGCCAACCUUGUGAAAGUGACAAACUGACACGUUUUCAUUUUCGUCAAGAACAACUUUAUAUCGAAGGAGUGCCUUUGAUUUGACGGCCUGUACAUCCACAAUUUGACGGGAGACGACCAUUAAACCUGAUGAUGUGUUUCUGCGCAUGAGCUUAGCUAGCCAACGUUGCCAUGGCAUCGCCUACAAGCGUGAUCGGGGAUUUCUAUUGGAGAAGCAGUUUCUGCGGCAUCUUCAAUCUAAUCAAGCAUGAACUGUGGGACGUUGUAGAAAGGUGUCGUUUUCAACAGGCCAAUCAAUAUUCAUCAUAGUUAAGUGCAGAAAACGUGGUAAUUGACUACAAUGACCAGAAUCCAGCAUACAGCUGCCUGUUCUCAUUGGUUCUUGCCCGGGCUUGCUUGGGGGGCCAGCAGACAGACAUGGAGAGGAAGAGCGAUAGAGAACAGUUGUUUAGGUAUCUUUAACCGAAAAUACAUCUAAUUGAUAGAUAGUUGUCUGUUUUGCCAUGUACAAAUGUGUUAUUCAAUGCAUUUCUAUAAGCUAUAGCAGUAAAUGCCACAUUCAAUGUUUGAUCACAUUUGAUUUUUUUAUAUAUGCCUCAUUCAAAAUCAAGUGGCUAAAUGAUCCAUUUUAUGACCAUCUUAAAACAAUUCCAUAUGUUAGCUUAGUAGAUAUUGUGAUCUAAGGGCUUAGACCUACAGGGGUUAAAGUAUAGUAAUGUGACUAAAGGAUAGUUAAUUAAUAAGUGAUAAGCAGUAAUGGGCAGUCACUACCAUUAUAAGGGUUUUAUUAAUUAAAUAAUAGUCAUCAUCAUACCAAAAACAAAUAAUGUAAUAUACACAACCAAAACAUAUGUAAUGUGAAUAUGUAACAAAUAAUGUGAAUAAAUGAUGGUUAGAGCCUAAUAAGUGAUAGUAAUGGACAGUCAUACAUCAAUUGUUUUAUUUUGUGUUGUUGCAGCAUUCAACCCACAUAAUGCAUUUAAAAAUAUAUAUAUGCAGUACCAGUCAAAAGUUUAGACACCUACUCAUUCAAGGGUUUUUCUUUAUUUCUUUUUUACUAUUUUCUACAUUGUAGAAUAAUAGUGAAGACAUCAAAACUAUGAAAUAACACAUAUGGAAUCAUGUAGUAACCAAAAAAGUGUUAAACAAAUCAAAAUAUAUUUUAUAUUUGAGAUUCUUCAAAUAGCCACCCUUUGCCUUGAUGACAGCUUUGCACACUCUUGGCAUUCUCUCAACCAGCUUCAUGAGGUAGUCACCUGGGAUGCAUUUCAAUUAACAGGUGUGCCUUAAAAGUUAUGGAUUUGUGGAAUUUCUUUCCUUAAUGCGUUUGAGCCAAUCAGUUGUGUUGUGACAAGGUAGGGGGGGUAUACAGAAGAUAGCCCUAUUUCUUCACUAUUAUUCUACAAUGUAAACAAUAGUAAAAAUAAAGAAAAACCCUUGAAUGAGUAGGUGUGUCCAAACUUUUGACUGGUAGUGUAUAUCAAAACUGAAAUUAAAAACCAAGAUUUUUUUUUUUUUAACCGAACCGACCUUAAAAAAACACUAAUCGCUCAGCACUAGUAUCAAGUCUCCCUAUUACACUCAAUGACUACAUCAAGCUUGUGACUCUACAAACUUGUUGGAUGUAUUUGCAGUUUGUUUUGGUUGUGUAAAAUGCAUAAAAAUUGUACACCCAGCAACAGAUGAAUAAAGUGCAUUAAUUUCUAAAUAGUAAUGUAUGUAUGAAAACACCCUCAAAUAAAAGUUGACAUUCUGUACUGUCGUCCCAUAUGAUACAUUUGAUCUCAAAUCCAAAAUGCUGGAGUAUAGAGCCAAAUGAAAGGUGAAAAUGUGCAGAAAUUGCUCCGCCAUUUCCUUGUUGCAAAAUUUCAGUUUGUGGCAAAACAAGCAGUCAUUGUGUAGAGAAUCAUUGUACUGGCCAUGAAGAAGUUUUGUGGGGAUUCAUUUGGUAUUUAGCAAAAGAUUAAGGGGAUGUGGAAAGAGGAACUCUGACUUCCUGGUAACCUCACCGAUUUGAAAGGACAUCAUGGUAGAGGUAAACGAUUAGCAACAGAACCUAUUGUGCAUCGUGAAAGUGGCUUCCUUUCCUCAUCUGUUCUUCAUCUGUACAAAUCUUAAAGUGAUAGUUCACUUCGAAGACCUUAUUGUCAAUUUACCUAUGAUGGUGCCAUUUUAAGAGACCGACCGAUGUGAGAUUUUUGUGAUAGGAAAUACCCAGAUUCCAAUAUAUCUGGGAGGCAUUUUUCUAAUUGUGCAGAUGAAGUAAUGGAGAUGAGGAAAAUGUGUUACUAAAGUUUGUUGAGAUGCAGCCCAGGUAUAGCUUGUUGGAAUCUGAUCGCUGCUGUAAACAGCCUGAUUCUGUUUUACUGCUGUUAUCACUCUUGCCUUCUUUCAACAGAUGUGUGUUUGGAAUAUGCCAGAAAAUGGCUGCUCCAAAUAGAAGCAGUGGCUGGGUUUAAGUCAAAAACCCUGGGGCCAAACAUAGUGCUUUGAAUAAGCCUGUAUGUCCUCUGAUUUGGUUAAAGGUGAUUCAAUCACUGCCAAUUUAGUUUUUGAUAAUGUCCUCAUUACAGACAUAGGCUCAAACAGUUUCAAUGAGGACGAAUGCCAGGCUGAUACGUGCAGUGAAAUAGAAUGAUGAACGCAGCGAUCAGGCUUGUUCCACCAGGUUAGCUUUUGUGGACUGAGGAAAUGGGAAGAUGGAAGAUUGGACUGUAAGAAAUUGAGUUUAAGAGCAGGUGCUGGUCAUGGCAGCUUUCACACUCAGCCUUUUGGUUGGUUGGCCUUGAAUCAGAAAGAAAAUAAGUGUUACUUUUGCACCACCAUUGAACAAUGUGCCUCCCAUUGGCUGGCAAGGGAACUGUGUGCAUUUAUUAGCAUGCCUUUCACUGCAUGGGCUAUCCAGAGUGAGACAGUGAGGUGGUGUGUAUGAAAAGAGGCCAGAUGCCCAGGUAAGUGCAGAAUUGGACAGUUGUAGGGUCAUUGGGAAUGAAAUGGACAAAUGCAAGUACUGGCAACAGACAAGCUGAUGCGUCAUAUAUUUUAAGAUUUAUGUUAGUUAUGUUAUGAUUUAGCAGCCAUUUCCCAAAACAACUCGGUAAACACGCAAGUUUAAGUCAAAUAGAGGGGCUGUUCAGUGGGACAUAUUUGGGACCAAAUUACAAUGAGAAGUAACAUGCAGUAACAUGUGUUUUGCCUAUAUUAACAACUACAGGUUGUUGACAUUUUAUUUAUUAGGGUUUUAACCGUUCUCCCAAAAUGAUUAUCAAUUGGCAUUCCCUUUGUUUUGAGUUCAGUAAGCAGAGAGAAACACUUCUGUAUAGAGCAGGGGUGUCAAACAUACGGCCCUCGCGCCAGAUAUUAUAGAAAAAUCUAAUUUAAGUGGGGGAACAAACUCAAUAUACUUUAAAAUUACUAAAACCAAAUCGAAACUGUGUAGAAAUAAUGGACCUAUACAGUUUCUUGACUGUCCAGCUCGCUAGAAGUGUCAGGGAGCAUAGAAAAUUCCAAAAAUGAUGGAUAGAGGACUAUUUUCUUGUCAAUUAUGUUGGCAAGGAAGUAUAACCAAUUUUCAGUGCAGCCCUCCGGACCUCGUUGAAGAACGAAUGCGGCCCCCGGGGCAAAAUUAGUUAGACACCCCUGGUGUAGCGUGACAGGGAGUCCUGAAAAUAACACUUAGUGAUGCCAUCUGUUAACAUCCUAUAAUGUUAUAUGGCGGAACCAAAACGAGAUGAGGAAGGAAACCGGUGCAUAUAGAUAUUUUUUUUUGUCUGAAGUGGAAUUGCCUCUGUACUUUUUUCAGGCUGCUGUUGUCUCCUGCAGUGUAUUAGUUGUACAUAGCCUGUCGGAGGACCACUCCACUAAUAGAUUCUCUUUUAUUGUCUCUUCUCUCCUUGUCUCUCUCUUUUUUCUCUCUCCUUUCUUCCCCUCCCUCUCUUGACUCCACAAUCGCACCGACAGUGGCCACUUAAUCCCUCCCCUUUGCUGCACACUGACCAACCAAGUGUGAAGAGGACUGUUUCUAGCCCCUCCCCUCAUAAACAUAGCCCCUCAUUCCUAUUGGCCAGUGAGUCUCAGAUCCUGUGUGUUUUGUGGAGUUGACUUUUGGUAUGCAUCAACAUGACCAUUAAGAAGCUACAACCAGGGUGGUUAGAGGGUGGGGGUGGGUUCAUUUGAAUACAUUCAUUUUUCUAUUGUAAGGAGUGUUUAGUUUGCAUCCCAUGCCCCUCCUCCCCUUCCCCUUAAAGGGGCAAUCUGCAGUUGCUACAUCCAUUUUUGGAUUGUGAAAUAAUUAUGUACCCAUUGAUUCUUGAAGAAUAUACAGUGCCUUAAGAAAAGGUAUUCACACCUAUUGACUUUUGCCACAUUUUGUUGUGUUAAAGCCUGAAAAAUUGAUUAAAUUGAGAUUUUUGGUCAAUGCCCUACACACAAUACCCCAUACUGUCAAAGUGGAAUUAUGUUAUAAUCUUAUUAUUUUUAUUUUUUAAGAUUAAAAAUGAAAAGCUGAGAUGUCAAGAGUCAAUAAGUAUUCAACCCCUUUGUUAUGGCAAGCCUAAAUAAAUUCAGGAGUAAACAUUUGCUUACGUCAGGUCUUGCCAUAGAUUUUCAAGUAGAUUAUUUUGGAAUGAAUAAUGGGCAAAUGUUGCACAAUCCAGGUGUGGAAAGCUCUUAGAGACUUACCAAGAAAGACUCACAGCUGUAACCGCUGCCAAAGGUGCUUCUACAAAGUAUUGACUCAGGGCUGUGAAUACUUAUGUAAGUUAGAUAUUUAUGUAUUUCAUUUUCAAUAAAUAAGCAAAAAAUCUUUGUCAUUAUGGGGUAUUGUGUGUAAAUCUAUUUAAUCAAUUUUGAAUUCAGGCUGUAACACAACAAAAUGUGGAAUAAGUCAAGGGGUAUGAAUACUUUCUGAAGGCGCUGUAACUUAUAAAUGCCUCAUGAGCUUAGUUCAACUGAUGUACUCUAUCAGGACCCAAAAUAUAUACGCUUGUUUUACUCCAAUGUUUGUAAUCAAAGUAAAUGCAAACAAACAAUAUAGCCUAAAAACAAGGCUAAAACUAUAGUUGUGACAUCAUGGAUGGUCAGUCUUUGCAUCCAUAGCUGUGCUUAUGAAUUUGAGAGUGGUUAUAUUUCUCCAGCCCCCUCCCUCAGCGUUUUACCGAAUCAGGGUGGGGAGGAUGCUUGUUUAUUGUUUCAACUGCUGGUUGCCGCUUUAACACUUACUUGACAAAGAUUAAUAGGCUAGAAAAUCCAUAUUUACCUGGAAUUAGAUGGUAGAAGGGGGUUGGAAAGCUUUGCUAUAGAGCUUCUUUGCCAUCUAACUUUUGCCAACCCCAAACAUCACGUGGAAAUGUUCCUUAUGCAACAGAACCAAUGUUGUCAGCCCAGUCUCAGCCUGCUAGUGGACACAACACUCCAAUGACCAUGAUUGCUAGCUCCAGUUCGAUAGAACCCUUUUACUUGACAGGGAGCUGUCGUGUCACAUUAAAACAUUGCUAGACAGGAGCCAACCCAGCCAGUUAUCUUGGGAAACCCCCCCUGAGGGGAUUUUUCCCCCAUUGCCACUGGCUUGGGGCUUGGGGAGGCUCCUCUGUUGGCUGUCCAACCUUGGGGGGGUUUGAACUUUUUGUGCUGCCUCCUUCCGUUCUCUUUUGCAGGGGUAACCCCAGUGCGGCCCGCUUUGCCCGUGUUACCUCAGGUGGGCCUGGUCAACCCAGUGCUGGCCUCACCACCGGUGCUGGUCACCUCUCUAGUGGCAGCUCAGGAGGCCAAGAAGAAGGAAGUGGAGGAGGAGGAGGAGGCCUUGCAGGAUGGGACGGGCCAGGAGCCGCUGAGUGAGCAGGAGAACAUGAGCAUCUCCGGGAGCAGCGCCAGACACAUGGUCAUGCAGAAGUUGCUCCGCAAACAAGAGGUGGGUUGA